UAUUUUUUAUCGGCUGAUAAGAUGAUAAAAUACUAAUUUUUUACAUGAUUUUGUAGGAAUUGUUUAAUUUAAUAUAAUUUUGGCAUGAGUAUACAGAAUAUAUGAAUUGUGAAUGUUCUAAAAAAUUCACAUCUAUAUUAUUUAUGAAAGGGUAUGAACAAUGCAAAAUUUAUAAUGGACAGAUGUUUUAUUGUUUUUCAUGUGGUAGCAAGGACAGUUUUCGUUCUUUGCAUAAUCAAAGACUUCAAAUGUAUCUGGAUAGAGUACGUCAUUGUCGAGAAGAAUAUUGGUUAAAGAAUCGUAAAAAAGAUCAAAUAAUGCAAUCUUUUUUUCUUGCUGAGGAAAAUGAACGGCGUAAAUUUUUAGAACAAGAAGCGAUAUUUCACCAAAUUACUUUUGAUGAAAUUGAUGACGAUGAACAUAUAUUUAUUGAUCAGAUAGAAGCUUUGGAAGAUGAACAAAAUAAUUAUCUUAUUGACAGAUAUGUGAAAGAUACAUUUGAAGAACGUCUUUAGAGCCUAUUCGGUCAUUUUCUUG